ACGACAGAUGCUCCCCGCCAGUGUCUCUCAGAAACUCGUAUCUUAGCAUAUCCCUAGAGCCCUUACGCGAGUCGCUUUUUAUAUCAACCAGGGUAUAUUUCAUUAAUCAUCAUCAUUUUGUCCCUUUCUUUAUUGCGAAGUCUUAUUUCCCGCCACUGGAUUUGGGACCAGACGAUAGCCGGAGGUUACGUUACAGCGUACUGGUGUAUGUUUUGACACAAGCGCGCAUAAGUAGUUGUUUAUGGUACGUAGAACUUUUCUCACGCUCCCGACACCGGGGCAAGGCUGUGACGGAUGCGGCGAAUUACGAUAAUAUCAUUCCCUGGCCGUACAAACUUCGCGGAAAAGGACGGUUUGGGCUGAAAUGCUGUUUCAUGCUACAUUUUCCUGUUGUCUUGUGGUUGUUACCUUUGUUUUUGGCCUGGCUCUCUCUCAAGAUAACAAUGUUAAAGAAUGCUUGAGCGGUCAAAAGGAGGACCGAAGCCACAAGGUGUCGCUGUCGUGCCCCGCGGGCCUGGUGAUCAGUGUGGGCGAGGCGUUUUUCGGGAGGAAUGACUGGGGUGCCUGCUCACUCACCCUGGACGACUGUACUGAAAAAGUGAAUCUCUUCUCGACGUGUCAGUGGAAAAGCAACUGCACGGUGUUUUUCAGCGGCAUCUUCAUCCCGACGUGUGCAGCAUACGCUACCGUCCUCAGAGUCUACUAUGAUUGUGUCGAUGAAAGCACAAUACCUGUUGGCGAAGAAGUCUCCACAGUGGAAUCUAUUCUGCACGAUGUUGGAGGUACACAACAAAAAGUCCCGACAAAAGGCGGAUACCUCCAAGAUCCAGCCAUCACCUCCACAGGCGAUGAUGACGUCGCUCUAAUCGCUGGCUGUGCAGCCGCUGUCGUGGUGACCACAAUCGUCCUCAUUAUCGCCAUUGUUCUUGUUGUCAGACGACUUGUUGGAUCAAAUACCGAAUCUACACAAAAUAAGCCCCAGGGCAGGCUAUCGUUUUUCAUAUGUACCAAGCUGGGAUGUGCCAAGUUCGUAAAAGAGAGACAUCCCCCGUCAACAGUUGUUGAAGCACCUUCUCCUGCAGGCACCGAGGAUGGAGAAAGUGAACUCCGUGUGGCUCCUGUAGGAGCCGAUUCUGCGGAGGAAGUGUUUGAAAGUGACAGACAGACAUCUGGAGCAGACGCCACUCAAACUACCACACCUGAAGGAACAAGCUCUGUGGUACAGACGGACGUUUCAGUGACUAUCGAAAAUGAGACAGAUAUCGUGUCCCAAAACACGGAAAUAAACUCUCGUUCUUCACACAACGAAGAAAUGACCAAUGGUACGAAUAUUAAUAUGCAGAGUUCAGGGGCAGAACCAGAUGAGAGUUCGCAGUCUGUGAAUCAGGAAGAACAUCGCUCGUCAUCUGGACUCAGAAUGGAUGCUGUCGCAGUACCAAACACAGAACUUUCCACAUUGUGCUAGCUCAAUGUCUUCUGGAUUUAUCUCUUCACAUAAUAAAUACGUGCAUAAUUAAUUCACAGACAUAAUUAUAGUGAAAUUAGUAAUCCAGUGCAUUGAGCCAUGCAUUAGCGUAGAUUUAAACAUAACAUAGUCUGCACCAAGACAGCAUGCAGUUUGUAUGGCACUGGAAUACUCACAUCACUUGCACCCUAGUGUACUCAUACUUGACGUGUCAAAGACAAAGGAAACAAAUACUUUCAUUUUUCAUUGAGACUAUAUUGACAGAUUCCAGGUGUCCUUUUAUACAUUUGCUUUUUGAAGUUGAUGCCCUUUUGUACAUUUACUUUCAAAACUUUUAAACACACAGGCCCCAGAGAGAGAGAGAGAGAGAGAGAGAGAGAGAGAGAGAGAGAGAGAGAGAGAGAGAGAGAGAGAGAGAGAGAGAGCGCUGCAUGACUGUUAUUUGACAAUCAUUACUGUAAUCUUAUAUUAGGAUGUCUGAAAGCAAAAAUAUUCAUUUCUUGAUCAUUCAGCCAGAUUAUAAUUCAAACAGAACAUUUGCUUCAGUUUUUGAGUUGUACUAUAUAUUACAGUAAAGGGAAAUAGAACUUUUACUAGUGCUAACCAAUUCUCAAAAUACUGAGGAUCACUUGGAUGGACAUGAACCUAUUUGUUAUUUUUUGCAAUUAUCCAAUGUGUGACAGUGUAUUGUACUUUAUGUUACAGAAUAAAUGAUUUAUUUUAUG